AAAAAUCUUUAGGAAGAAGAAAUAAACUUUUUGAGAAAUUUCAUCAUUCGAGAUGUCAUCCACUGCGAUCAGUAUCAGCUUGUCGAUGAGUAGCCGCACAAGAAGAGGUGGAGAAGUCGAUGUUGAUAGAGUACUAGUGACGGCCUCACCGACAACAUUGAAGCUGAAUCAAACACGGAGAGAAGUUGCAGGCAGGAUUUUGGGGAUGAAGAAGAGAUCCCCUGGUACCGUAGCAAACACGAAGGCAGAGGUGGUGGUCGUCGACGAGAAGGAGACGAAGCAGAAGAUGAGUAGUAGGAAUCUGAGAGUUGGACUCAUUUGUGGAGGUCCGUCGGGAGAACGUGGAAUUUCUUUAAACUCCGUUAGAUCAGUUCUUGAUCACAUUCAGGGUAACGGUAUAAGCGUCAGCUGCUAUUACAUAGAUCCUGAUCUCAACGCUUAUGCGAUUUCACCUGCUCAGGUGUAUUCGAAUACUCCAGCAGAUUUUGAUUUCAAGCUCGAGAGUCUUGCACAGGGCUUUGGUUCGUUAUCAGAGAUGGCCGAGCAUCUUGCUUCAGCUGUGGACAUUGUCUUCCCAGUAAUCCAUGGUCGGUUUGGUGAAGAUGGUGGCAUUCAGGAGCUGUUGGAAAGCCAUAAGAUUCCAUUUGUCGGUACUGGAUCCCAUGAAUGUAGUCGAGCCUUUGACAAGUAUGAAGCCUCUUUGGCGCUCAAGGAGCAUGGGUUCAUGUCAGUACCGAACUACCUGGUGCAGGGUACUGAAAUAGACGAAAGUGAAAUAGCGUUAUGGUUUACGGAUAAUCAGCUGGACCCCGAGGUUGGAAAAGUCGUGGUAAAACCAGCUAACUCAGGAUCUAGCAUUGGUGUCACGGUUGCCUUUGGUGUAAAAGAUUCAAUUAAGAAGGCUACUGAACUUAUUCUAGAGGGAAUUGACGAUAGGGUAGUUGUUGAGGUGUUUAUUGAAAAUGCAUACGAGUUUACUGCCAUCGUCCUGGAUGUCGGCUCUGGUUCUGAUUGCCAUCCUGUUGUGUUGUUGCCUUCUGAGGUCACCUAUCAUACUCCUCCUCGUUUCCCUAUCGAUGUUAUCAAAAGGAUACGUGAAGAGGCAUCUAUUCUAUUUCGAAAGCUAAGUCUACGUGAUUUUGCUCGCUUUGAUGGAUGGUAUUUGACUCCCACUUCAAACUUAGCAUCAUCUGCAAGUGAAAUGCUUAAAAGAUCAGGGGAUAUUAUUUUCACAGACAUCAACCUGAUAAGUGGUAUGGAACAAACUAGCUUAUUCUUCCAGCAGGCUUCUAAGGUUGGAUUUUCACAUUCAAACAUUUUACGAACAAUUAUCCACCGUGCUAGCUCAAGGUAUCCUCAGCUUUCUUGGUAUAAUUAUGAGUUUAGCCAAUUACUCCGAGGUUCAACAACUCUGGAAAUCUCCGGGGACGUCCAGAAAGUGUUUGUCCUAUUUGGAGGAGACACCUCAGAGCGGCAGGUCUCAGUCAUCAGUGGAACAAACAUCUGGAUGAAUUUGCAAAGAUUUGGAUAUCUCAAGGUAACUCCCUGCUUGCUUUCCUCAUCACUCAGCAACUCAAUGAGCACUUUUCCUGACAAAACAGAAUCAGAUUUGGACAAUAGAGAAGUUUGGUUAUUACCCUACUCUGCUGUGCUAAGGCACACUGUUGAGGAAGUUCUUGCAGCGUGCUUGGAAGCAAUUGAGCCUGACCGGGCUAGAUUUACAUAUCUUCUGCAGCAGCAAGUGAAGGAGGAUCUUAUGGAUAGUUUGAAGAAUCAAAGCUGGUUUGCAGGGUUUGAUAUAACUGAUGAAGUGCCCGUGAGAUUCUCGUUGAAAGAUUGGAUCAAGUUUGCCAAGGAAUCUAAAGCAACCGUCUUCCUUUCAGCGCAUGGAGGAAUUGGGGAAGAUGGUACGAUGCAGGCCUUACUGGAGGAUGAAGGAGUGCCUUACACAGGUUCAGGAGUACACGCUUCAAGGAUUUGCAUGGACAAGGCUAUGGCAUCUAAGGCUCUUAGUCAUCUUUCAGAGUUUGGAGUUCAUACAAUAAGCAAUGAAGUGAAGAGAACUGAGAGGUGUUGCUAAGCUUUUUCACAAGAGAGAGGUGGGGAAUGGAAGGCAUAUCUCCUUUUGGUUCGAUAUUUGGUCUGAUAAAGGUUCUUUAUAUGACUUGCUGGGUCCUCGGGGUUUUAUUGAGAUGGGAGUUUGUCGAGAUGCUACUUUGGAGGAAGCAGUUAAGUCUGUGAGGAGAAGGAGAAGACAUCGGUUAGAUGUUUUCAAUGAUAUUGAAGCUGAGCUUACCAUUGUGUCGAGAAAGCUUUGUUCUAGUAAGGAAGAUAGUAAUCUCUGGAGAGGUAAAUCAGGUUUCAAACAGAAAUUCUCAACGUUUGAAACCUGGUCCUUAUUGAGAGAGAGUAAAGCUCCGUGUACUUGGGCAAAUGCUAUUUGGUUUAAUCAGGCUACUCCAAAGUACGCUUUCAUGGCAUGGUUGGCAAUCAAAGAUAGAAUGUCUACUUUGGACAGAGUUGCUAGAUGGAAUCAUGGUGUUGACACAGCUUGCGUCCUCUGUAAUAAUGCUUCUGAAACGCGUUGUCACUUGUUCUUUGAGUGUGACUAUUCGAAUCAGAUUUGGGAGUAUGUUGGCAAAGGGAUUAUGGGUGAUGCGUUCUCGAAUUCUUGGUCGGAUAUCAUUCUCCUAAUCUCUAAUGAAAAAAGGGAGAAGCUGAGUCGUUUCUGUCUCCGUUAUGCUUUCCAGAUGGUGUUAUAUGCAGUAUGGAGGGAGAGGAAUAAAGUGAUGCAUGGUGAGAAAUUGAUGCCACUGAUGUUGUUGAAGAAGACUUUGGACAAGGGGAUUCGUAACAAAAUCACAUUGAUGAACAAGAGGGGAGUUAAGGGUUGGGAGAAGCUAAUGCAGUUUUGGUUUUCUACUAGAAUGUAAUUAGCUUUGAGAUUCAGUAGAAGAGAUUAAAAAAGAUUGCACUUGUUGUAAAAGGCUUUUUUGAAUAAAUUUAACAUUCAUUCAAAAAAAAUGAAGUGAAGAGAACAGAGGAUAUAAUCC